AUGAGAGGAACGCACAGCAUAUACUGCGGCUCGCCUAGCAAAACACGACCUGCACGAAUACAAAGGCAGGGGCCAAGGUCCUCUCGUAGGCUCAACUGUAUCACGUUGCACUCGAAUGCAGUCACCCGAACCAUGGGCACCUAUGUGGUUAUGCCUGCACCCUGUGCACCGCCGAGGGGUGGCACGGAUUGCAAGUAUGCCUUUGUUUGUCUAUAA